UUCAACGUCAACAUUUUCUGAUCUACGUUUGUGUAGUUAUGGGUUUUUAGGAGAUUCCGGUAAUUCAUGGACUUGAAACGUGCCGUUUUCCCGUAAAAACACUGACUUAAUAAUUAGUGAACCACAAUUAGAGUGAAUAAUGCAUAACGUACAUAAACUUAUCGUUCUGUGUCUCGUUGUUGGGGCGUAUUCAGAUGAACAUAAUCACAUAUAUGGAGACAAUGAAGAGGUGAUACUUUGGAUGAACACUGUUGGUCCUUAUCACAACCGACAAGAAACUUACGCUUAUUUUUCCCUACCGUUUUGCGUGGGCUCAAAGGACACAAUCAACCACUACCAUGAAACGCUCAGCGAGGCCCUGCAAGGAGUUGAGUUGGAAUUCAGUGGGAUUGACAUCGAGUUCAAAAGCAAUGUUCAAAAGGGUGAAUACUGCGCCGUGCAGUUAAAUGAGGACAAAUACAAAGUGUUUGUCUACGCGGUCAAAAACCACUACUGGUACCAAAUGUACAUUGAUGAUUUGCCCAUUUGGGGCGUCGUGGGUGAAAUCAAAGACAACAACUAUUACAUUUGGACCCACAAAAAGUUCGAGAUUGGCUACAAUGGCAAGCAAAUUAUUGACGUUAAUCUCACAUCAGAGGAUAAAGUGCUUUUGACUCCUAACGUGAAACUAUCCUUCACCUAUGAGGUCAUUUGGAAGCCGACUGAGACCAAAUUUGAGGAUAGAUUCGAUAAAUAUUUGGACUAUAAUUUCUUUCAACACAGAAUUCAUUGGUUUAGCAUUUUCAAUAGUUUCAUGAUGGUCAUAUUUUUGGUCGGUUUGGUGUCGAUGAUUUUGAUGCGCACGUUGCGGAAAGAUUAUGCAAGAUACAGUAAAGAUGAAGAUAUUGAUGACAUGGAGAGAGAUUUGGGUGAUGAAUACGGCUGGAAGCAAGUCCAUGGCGACGUAUUCCGUCCAGCUUCCAACUCGCUCGUUUUCUCGUCGCUUAUUGGAGCCGGCCACCAAGUAACAACAGUCGUAUUCUGUGUUAUAGUUUUCGCAAUCCUUGGCGAAUUAUACACCGAACGAGGAUCUCUCCUAUCCACCGCGAUAUUCGUCUAUGCAAUAACCUCCCCAAUAAACGGCUACUUCGGGGGUUCCCUUUACGCGCGAAUGGGGGGCAAGCUCUGGAUCAGGCAAAUGACAGUGUCUGCAUUCAUGCUGCCAGCCUUUGUUUGUGGCACCGCGUUCUUUAUCAAUUUCAUCGCGAUUUAUUAUCACGCAUCAAGGGCGAUUCCUUUUGGGACAAUGGUCGCAGUCACUUGUAUUUGUUUGUUUAUUAUUUUGCCCCUAACUUUGGUGGGUACUGUCUUGGGGCGCAAUUUAGCAGGCCAACCUGAUUAUCCCUGCCGUAUCAACGCAGUUCCGCGGCCAAUUCCGGAAAAGAAGUGGUUUAUGGAGCCAGGAGUGAUUAUUUUGAUGGGCGGGAUUUUGCCAUUUGCUAGCAUAUUUAUCGAAAUGUACUUUAUUUUUACGUCGUUCUGGGCUUACAAAAUUUAUUACGUGUAUGGAUUUAUGCUGCUGGUGUUUAUUAUACUGAUGAUUGUAACUGUAUGUGUGACAAUAGUUUGUACGUACUUUCUACUCAAUGCUGAGGAUUAUCGCUGGCAAUGGACGUCUUUUCUGGCAGCGGCUUCCACCUCUGCCUAUGUCUACAUCUAUGCGAUUUAUUACUUCUUUUUUAAAACAAAGAUGUAUGGACUGUUUCAGACUGCGUUUUAUUUCGGAUACAUGGCGCUCUUCAGUGGAGCACUCGGUAUAAUGUGUGGUACGGUGGGUUACGUAGGUACCAGUGUGUUUGUUAGGAAGAUAUAUUCCACUGUUAAAAUUGACUGAAGUGAAUGAGCCAUUUGUAAAUAGUUGGAAAUCCGUGCGGACUUUAUACAUCUUACAUGUUAACUGGAUGUGUGAAGAAUUCGUUUUUCAAAUUUCAUUUGCCUUAUUGUGAUUCGAAAUAAACUAUUUAUUAUAAAAUUA